AUUGUGCGACAGGCCGCGGCGCGAGCGGGGCCUCACUCCACUAGGAAAACGGUCUGGGCACGAGAGAACAGGUGAGGAGAGAAACUGAACCACGGAACGACCGCACACCGGCUCCCGCUUUAACGGCCGAACACACAGGGCACGAGCGGCGGUGAACAACCGGCGAAGAAGACGUGAAAGAGUCGCGUGCAUGUGGAGAGCGGGUUGUUGGCAGCUCGCGAGCAGAGCAGCUAACAUCGUUAGCCGAGGCUAGCUUUUGUAAUCCGCCGGCCAGACACUCACACCCGAACCGGGAUACUGCCGGGUUUCAAGUCGGGCCGCACAUCUGCAGAAAGGUCAGAAGAAGAAUCAGCGGGGGCGGCAGGAGGCUGGUUCUGGAGGCGAGGCCAAAGGACCAGACUCAAUGAGUUUCCAGCGAAAUGUCCGAGAAGUCAGGGCAGAGCACCAAGGCAAAGGAUGGCAAAACAAAGUAUGCAACCCUUAGCCUCUUCAACACCUACAAGGGCAAAUCUCUGGAAACCCAGAAAACUGCAGUGGCUGCCAGACAUGGGCUCCAGAGUUUGGGCAAAGUUGCUGUCAGCAGGCGCAUGCCCCCUCCAGCCAACCUGCCCAGCCUGAAAGCCGAGAACAAGGGAAACGACCCGAACGUCAACAUUGUCCCCAAAGACGGUAGUGGCUGGGCAUCUCGACCUGAAGCCGGGGACGAGAGGCAACAGGAGACUCCCCCACCCCAGAUCAAACCAGUGGUGCUCCAGACUCAGGAGCCGACUGUUGGGGUGAGCCGAUCCUGGGCCAACAGCAAGCAGACACAGCUGGACGGAGCUCCUCGUGUGAGCAGCCAUUUUCACCAGGAGUUUCCCAGCCUGCAGGCAGCUGGCGAGGCGGAGAAAAGUGACGGUCAGGACGAGGAGCCCUAUGGACCAGGACCCAGCCUCCGACCUCAAAAUGUUGGCAGUUGGCGUGAGGGUGGAGGCAGGAAUUUAAUCACUGCACCCAGCCCUGAGAUGGACGGCAAGGCUGCAGAGGAGGGCAGUACUGGUCCGGGUACCUCGACACCACCGGCGGAGGCUGAUGAGUCAGGGCGGGCUUUAACAGCUGACAGUCAAAGGGAGAAGACUGAGGGCAGGGAGAGGCUGCCCCCCUCCUCAGGACCCCCUCAGCCCAAACUGAACGGGGGGCAGCAGCCUCCUGUGGGGGUGCCCACUCACUUUGACCCAGCUUUCAGGAGCAUGAUGCCACCCUACAUGUUUCAUGCGUAUCCUCAGAUGACUUUUAGCCAGGGGCAAGGAAACCUCCGAUACCCUGUACCACAAGAUGGAGCCAAGGGUCCUCGCGCAGCUCGACCUCAGCAGGCCCCGCCUCAGUCGUGGCUUCAGGACCCGGACAGACCCUCCAUCGUCAGCGCCAAUGAACUGAAAGAGCUCGACAACUUGGACACUGACACUGAUGAGGGCUGGGCAGGAGCUCAGAUGGAGGUGGACUACACCGAGAAACUGAACUUUAGUGACGAUGAGGAGAACCAAGCUAAUAAAGAGAAAAGAGAAAACUGGGAGUGGAUGAGUAAAGUGGAUCGUAUGAGAUCUCGUCCACCAGACAGUCAGGAGGUCUGGAAGGAGGGCUCUGAGGACCUUGGGGGUGGUAAAUCCUCCUGGAUGGACAAUGUAGAUCCCAGAGCGCCAUCACCAGGCAAUAUCGGGCAGUACAAGUCAGCUGCUCCACAGCCUGGCACUCGUCCUGUUGGAGGCGGAGCGCCUCGUGUCAGUAAACCACAGGCGGCUGCAGCGGCCCCUGCUGCUGAUGAGGACCCAGAGGCUUGGCGACAGAAACGAAAGAAGCCUGUGGAGGUUUCUGAAGCUGUGGAGCGAGCAAGAAGGAGGAGAGAGGAGGAGGAGCGACGAAUGGAAGAACAGCGACUCGCUGCUUGUGCUGAAAAACUUAAGCGUCUCAAUGAAAAACACAAACAGUCGGCUGAGGGUAAACCUGCCCCUGCCCAGAUCGCCUCUGAUGACGGAGGAGCUGCAAGUGAGGAGACUGUCUCACCUGCUCCUGAUCUGGCAUCCAGCCCUGGACCUUCAAUCCCAACUUCACAAUCACAGACCUCCAUCAUGCCGGCUCCUCUGCCUGAGGGGGCAGAGCAAGAGAGUGAGAGGGUGGAGCGAGAGAUAGAAGAACCCAGUGUUCAGGAGGAGGUCCACCUGCCUCCUCAGCCCAGCCCCCCUAUCCACAGACAAGUGACCACCGCUCCAGAGCCUCAGAGUGAGGGUGAGGGCUCUCUGGUUGAGGUGGACCCCCUGGUGGAGGAGAACCAGGCUGAGCGGACUACAGUGCCUAUCGGAGAUUAUUUCAACAUGAAGGACAGCAGAGUUGAGGAGCCCCACCUCUCUCUGCCUCACAUGGACCCCCCUGGUGGAGAGGACGUCCCUGUGGCUCCUCCACAGCUAGAAGGAGAAGCUGCAAUAGCCAUGCGUCCUUCUCUCACUUCAGGAUAUUCCAAACAGUUUCAAAAGUCUCUGCCUCCUCGUUUCCUCAGACAGCAGGAGCAGAUGAAGCAGCAGCAGUGGCAGCAGCAGCAGGGUGGGGGCUCCAUGUCCCCAUCAGGGGGUGGAGGAGUUCCAGCCUCCCAGCAGCAGCACCGCUCCAUGUACCAGCCCAUUGGCCCCCACCACCAGCAUCUGGCCUCCAUGGGGUUCGACCCCCGCUGGCUCAUGAUGCAGUCUUACAUGGACCCCCGCAUGAUGUCGGGACGCCCCCCCCUGGACAUGCCGACCAACAUCCAUCAAGGGAGGAUGCCUCCAAAGCAGAUCGUGCGCAGAGAGCCUGGUGAAAACUCCAGCUCCAGCUCGGACUCCUUCGAUCACCUGACCAGACCAAUUCGAGACCACGGCCUGUCCCCAGACUCUCGGAUGUUGUGGGGAUCAGAUCCUUACCCUCAGUCUGAACCGCUACCGUCUGUGACUCCUCCCAAAGGACGGGACGAUAACAAGGAGCCCAGGAUGGAUUCAGGUCUGGAUCUGGACAGGGGGCUCCUUUCAAUGUAUAACCAGGACCACAGUACAUUGGACGCUCAUAAAAGUAACUUCUUCCAGGACCCUUCAGAGUCCCUGUCAGCCUUUACUCAAGGCCCAGAGAGCGGGUCAGGGCCUCUGGACAGGGUCCCUGUCAGCUCAGCCUUUGACCUUGAGGAGCCCGGCCUCCCCAGCGGGGAGGAGGUGGAGGCUCUGGGACAGGCGAUGCUCCAGAGGACCGUCUCUCAGGGCUCCAGCCACUCCAUUAAGCUGGAUGAGCCCCGGUUUGAAGGCCUCCCCCUGGGUACAAAAACAAUUGAGCUCCAGGACACAGAGCGGGCUGAUGAUAAGCCCCAGACUGAACUCUACCCCCAGGCUGCUGUGAGCAGCAGCAGGGCUACACCUCCUGCUGAUGGAUUACACAAACAAGAGAAGCUGCCUCUGCCAGCACCCAACAAGCAGAAAGCUGAGCUGCGCUGGGGGGGGCGAUCAGGGGCAGGGCGCCGAGAAGGACCUGGAGGAGAGAGGCCUGUCCGCAGGUCUGGGCCCAUAAAGAAACCUGUCCUAAGGGACAUGAAGGAAGAGAGGGAGCAAAGAGAGGAGAGGGAAAAACGCCAUGAAAGAGGCGAGAGAGGAGACCGAUCCAAGAAGGAUCAGUCAGCCAAAGCUCCUUCUGCAGCUGCUGUUCUGUCGGAGGGCUCCAGACCUCAAGGGGAGGGCAAGAGAGAGGCUACAGAAGCCGAGGAAACAACAAGUGGACAUCAGAGAACACGUGACUCUCAGCCUUCAUCUGGAGCUCCCACCUCUUCCUCUCAGGAGGAAAAAACAGACAAACUACCCAGUAAUGACAAACAUCAGGAGCCCAAACUGCCCUUAAGGAAAGAGUCCAACCUUCCUCCUCGAGGUUACAGGCGAGACGAGAGGGAGAGGGAGAGAGAGAGGGACCGAGACCGAGACCGAGAGAGGGAUAAGGAAAUGGACAAGGACAGAGACAGAGAGUGGCCAGGAGACUCGAAUUUCAAAGGACGCGGUCGAGGGGAGUAUUACUCCAGAGGGCGGAGUUACAGGGGGACUUACAGUGGUCGAGGCCGGGGGAGUCGUGGGCGAAGCCGGGCUGAGUACCCCUACAGGGAGCCCCGAUCUCGCUCUGAUCUACCGUCUGUAGGGGGCGCUGCAGCCUUUAGAAACAGGGAGGAGAGCGAGACGCGUAGUGAGAGCUCAGACUUUGAGGUUAUUCCUAAACGCAGGCGGAGGCGGGGCUCAGACACAGACUCUGAGAGUGAAGGUGGGAGGGAGUCUGCCAGUGAUACAGGACCCUCAGACCGGGAGCCCAGCACCAAACCCAGCCGUCCUCUGAGGAGAGAGCUGCCUGGGGAGGCCCGCUCUGGGCCCCACAAACCAGGCUUUGGACCUCCUCAUAUAGGGGAGAAGAGUGGAAUGAGAGGGGACGAUGACAGCAGGCCUAAGCCAGGGUUCCUCCCUAAAGGAGAGCCCUCUCGGCGAGGAAGAGGGGGUCUAUACAGCAGACGAGGAGGUGCGAGGGAGCGCGGCGGCCCCCGCUCUGCUCCUCUCAGACGGCCCCCCAGAGAGUCCUCCUCCCAGUGGCCUUCUAAACCCAUGGAGACAUUCAGACCUGAGGACGCAGAGUCCACACCCAGAUAUGACAAUCACCCCGCUGACCGACGGCCCCCCAAACCUGAUGGAAAGAAAUUUGGGGAUGGGGCUCCUCAGAGUAGUAGAGAAAGGCCUCGUCGAUCCAGACCAGCAAGGCCCCCAAGACAAGACAAACCCCCUCGAUUCAGACGAUUGAAAGAGCGGGAGGCUGCAGUGUUAGCGAGCGGGGAGAUGGCUCCAAGUCCCCCCGUCCCUCUGCUCCCAGUGCCUUCUGCUACCCUCCAAAGCUCCGCCCCCAACCAGGUGUCUCUCUCCCCCACCCUGUCUAGAGCUCCAGGGACCCCUGUAACUGUGCCUGCGGAGGGGACAGCCUCUGUGCCUGCCCCCGACCUUCCCUCUCCUACAGAAGCCCCCCUGCCAGAAUCCAGCAGUCCCCCAAUCACUGCUGUCGGUACCAAGUCCCCAGACCUGUCCAACCAGAACUCUUCAGACCAGGCCAACGAGGAGUGGGAGACAGCCUCAGAGAGCAGUGACUUCAACGAGAGGAGAGAGCGAGAGGAAAGGAAGGGAGCACAGGAGGCUAAUAAAGAAGCAGCCACUGCCUCUGCACCACCACCUGCACCUCCCCAAGGCUCUCUGACCCCAAACAAAAGCCCUCCUGAUGGAGGGAUGAUUCUUAAACGUGAAGGAGCUCCUGCAUCAAAGAGGAGUUUCUCCAGCCAGAGGCCGACGGAGAGGCCGAACAGGAGAGGAAACAGUGGAUCCAAACCAGGCCGGAGCUACACUGGGGGCAAGGGGGAGAGGAGGGGAGGGGCCAAAGCUGGCCGCAAAGGCCCUCCAGCCCAGCAGAACUCAGAGGCGACACAAUCAGCAGCUGGAGGAGCAUCUCAGAGAUCUGCUAAAGAUCAGCCUGCUCGCCGCAAAGAUGACGCCAAACAAGCCGCCAAGAAGCCCAAAGAGAACGCUCUCUCUCAGUUUGAUCUCAAUAACUAUGCCAGUGUUGUAAUUAUUGACGACCACCCAGAGGUCACCACUACGGAGGACCUGCAGUCCAACACCAACGACGAUGGCUUCACGGAGGUCGUCUCACGGAAGCAGCAGAAACGGCUUCAGGAUGAAGAGAAGCGGAAAAAAGAGGAGCAGACCCCUCAGAACUGGAGUAAGAAAGGUUCGGGUGAAAAGAGCAGAGGAGGAGGAGGAAAGCUGCCCCCAAGAUUUGCCAAAAAGCAGUCGUCGCAGCAGCAGCAGCAGCAGCAGCAGCAGCAGCAGCAACAACAACAACAGCAACAGCAGCAGCAACAAAUGCAGCAGCAACAACAGCAACAGGCCGCCCAGUCCCAGCCUCCUGUCACCUCCACCCCCCAGGCCCCACAGCAGCCCCCCAUCUCUGUUCCCCAGCAUCCUCACCUGGCCCCCGUCCAGCCAGCUGCAGCCCCCCAGGCUCUGGAGGCAGCCAUGGCUCCUCUACCCUCCAUCCCCCCUCCUACUGUGGACUUCACAUCCAAGAGCCUGCCUCCUGCCCCCACGCCCACGCACAACACCUUGGGUACAGAACUGUGGGAGAACAAGGUGACCGGUGCUGCUGUGCUACCCGACGUAAAAAAACUCGGUCCGAUCAGCCCUCCUCAGCCUCCAACAGUGAGCGCCUGGAACAAACCUCUUACCUCCUUCACCGGCACAGUCUCCUCUGAGGGUGUGAAGCCUGGCUCAGAGGGCAGUGCUGUGGAUCUGGCCAUAGACAGUAUUCAGUUUGGAGCGCCGUCAUCUGCAGGCAGCACCGACAGUGAUGGUGUUCCUGCGCUGCUAGAGAGCAGCUCUGAAAACAUGCUACCUGCUCCCAAAGAACAGAGACAGAAACAACCUCGAGCUGGACCAAUCAAAACUCAGAAGCUUCCUGAAAUAGAACCAGUAGAAACCAAGGAGUACAAGCCCGGUCCGAUCGGGAAGGAACGCUCUCUGAAGAACCGUAAGGCCAAAGGAGGAGAAGGAGAGGGGAUGGAGGGAGUAGUCCCAGGAGGAGGUGUCAGCAGAGCCACAGACUCCAGUCCUCCCAGCAGUGACACCACAGUACCUGAGCUGGGUGGAGACAUCGAGGGCAUGAUCACAGUGCCCUCAGCAGAGUACAACAGUAACUCCAAGGAAUUGGUCACAGACUACACGGCCCCCUCCUCCUCGCUGGCUGACAGCGUUCCCACAGUAGGGAACAAAAUGGAGGAGAGUUUGGUGGCAAAUGUGGCUUUGCCCCACUCGCUGCCCCUCCCUCGGAGAGAGACGCUGCAGCAGAGCUCCAGCCUCAGCACCGUCUCUCCUGCGACAGUCGACCUAACACUGAAGAUGGAAUCCGCUCGGAAAGCGUGGGAGAACUCCCCCAGUCUGGAGAAGAACUCUCCAGUCACCUCCUCCUCUUCCCCCAUUACCUCCUGUGCAUCGUCAUACUCCACGUUCUCCUCCGCCUCCAUGCCUCAGAUACCUGUUGCUUCUGUCACCCCAAGCACCUCCCUGUCAGGUUCUGGUACGUACACAACAUCCUCCCUCAGCACGAAGACCACCACCGCAUCUGACCCCCCUAACAUCUGUAAGGUGAAGCCUCAGCAGCUGCAGGGUGGAGGUCUGUCUUCCUCCGGCAGUAGCUUCUCUCAACUUGGCUGUGUGCCUCCCCUCCUGCCCCAGCAGCAGACCCCCCAGGUUUACGUUUCUCAGUCUGCAGCAGGUUCUGCAGCUCAGAUUCCAGCCUUCUACAUGGACACAAGUCACCUCUUCAGCACUCCCCACCCCCGCCUGGCUCCGCCCUCUUUGGCCCAGCAGCAGGGCUUCCAGCCCGGACUCUCACAGCCGACAGCGGUGCAGCAGAUCCCCAUCCCUAUCUACGCCCCCCUGCAGGGUCAGCACCAGCACCAGCACCAACACCAACACCAACACCAACACCAACACACACACCAGGCUCAGCUGGGACUCAGCACAGGUCCUCCAGUCUCUCAGCCCCAGGACCUGUUCAGCUCCUCUCUACAGCCGUACAGGUCCCAGCAGGCCUUCAUGCAGAGCAGCCUGUCUCAGCCCUCCAUGAUGCUGUCAGGACCGUCGCUGCACAGUUACCCCGGUGUGCAGGCAGCCGAGCUCGGCAAGCCUCAGUCAAACCUGGCCUAUCAGCAGCCCUCCUCCACCCAGCACAUCCCUAUCCUGUUCGAACCGCAGCUCAACCAGCCGUCAGGCAUGGGGGGCUCCCAGCUCAUCGACACACACCUGUUGCAGGCUCGACAAAGCAUGAACCAGCACUCGAAUCUGUACUCUGGACAGGUGCAGCAACAUGGUCAGAGUAGUUACUAUAGCAACACUCAGUCGCAAAGCUCUGCCAUGCAACAGGUGACCGUCCCUCUGCCCAGCUCUCAGCUCUCUCUGCCAAACUUUGGCUCAGGUGGAGGUCAGCCCCUCCUGGCUCUGCCCCCCACUCCUCCACAGGCUCAGCCCCCCAACAUCAACCGGCAGCCUCCCAUCUCCCAACAGUACAGAGGCAUCAUGGGCCAUAACCACAGCAUGAUGCAGCCCCCCACCAACAAGCUGGACAUGGACCUGAAGCUGUUUGGCAGUGGGAUGGAUGUGAAACCUGGAACUCCUCCUGUCAGCGCCAGGAGCACCACCCCCACCUCCAGCCCCUACAGGGCGAGCUCCACAUCUCCCAGUAGUCAGUCCAGUAAGAUGAACAGUAUAAUGUACCAGAAGCAGUUUCAGCCCAGCUCUGCAGGCAUGAGGAUGACGCAGCACUUCCCCGGCCAGUUCAACCCACAGAUUCUGUCUCAGCCCAACAUCGUGUCUCCGCUUGUUCGAUCUCCUCACGCUAACUCUUUUGCUGGAGGUGUGCAGCGCUCGCCCAUGGGCCCUCCCAUGUCAGCUAAUGUGGGUGGCGGUCUCAUGCCCCACCCUCGACCCCAGCUCCCACAGCACCAACAGCACCCGCAGCACCAACAACAUCCGCAGCACCAACAACAUCCGCAGCACCAACAACAUCUGCAGCACCAACAGCACCCGCAGCACCCGCAGCACCCGCAGCACCUGCAGCACAGCCAGCACGCCCAACGAGGACCUCCUGGUCCCCCCCUUGUACCCCGAGGCACACAGGCGGCUAUGAAGGCGGAACAGGACCUGAAGGCGAAGCAGCGGGCCGAGGUGCUGCAGUCCACUCAUAAGUUCUUCUCGGAGCAGCAGCAGCAGCAGCUCAAAGCCCCCCAGGUCAGCAAAGUGUCCCGGCUGGAUCAGGGCGGGAAACCCCCCCUUGACAUCCCAGCCCCAAACCACCAGGCAGGAGGAGAUCGCCCGGAUUCUGACAAACCUCCCGUCUCUGCAGCCAAACCCAUACGGACCGGCCCCAUAAAACCACAGGCCAUCAAACCAGAAGAGGGCAAGUAGAGAGCAGCCCCCCCCCCCCCCUCUUCAGACGACCUGUGCACGGAUGGAAGAGAGGAGAGAGGGUCAGGCCCCGUCACUCUGCACCCACCUCAUAUCAGCCCCUGAGAUGGGGGGCAGAGUGGGGGAGGAGGGUGAUUACUGACAGUAGACACUGUCAUCUUCUUACUCCUACUCCCCCCUUGUCCCCCUGCAGAUGGGGUCUUUGUCCCCUCUCCCUCAUCCCCCUGCAGGUGGGGACCUUUCAGUUGGAUUCUUCCAUCGUUUAAAGAGGCUGUUGAUAUAAAUCUACAGAGGGUAGAUCAGAGAGCUGGAGGAGAGAAUGAAGAGAUUUGCUGCUGAGUUUGCCAUUUUUCUAGCUCUUGAUUUCUUUGUUUUAUUUCUCAGAUAGGAUCUCAUGUUAGAGGAAGAACCAAUCAGUUUGUUUUUGUAGUCAGAACAAUCCUGUUAAAGAGGCGUCACUUUAUGUUCUCCAUCAUAACUAAUCCAGAGGUUUGUGCGUCUCCCCACUCACUCAAGGGUUUGAUGCACAUUGUCCUCACAGAGACAUGAAAUCACAAACUGUCCUCGCUUUUUUUUUUUUUUUUUUUUUUUUCGGUUUUAUUUCUGUUGUAUCGGAAUGGAAAUGUGAAAAUUGCAGCAGUUAAUUGACUUAAAUGAUUGAUUUUUGAUUAGUCUGCCUGUGAGCCUUUGCUCCUGCCUUCUGCUCUCAUCUCCUGCCUGAAAAGUACUGAUGUGUGUGUGUGUGUGUGUUUGUGUGUGUGUGGGGUGGGGGUGUGUGUUUGUAGCUCCUGUAUAUUUAGCCAAAGGUUAAAGCAGCACAGGGAUGAUGUCACAGCCCUGUAGGAUGCUGUUUCCAUGGCAGCAGAGUGUUGAAUGGGGAUAAAGGAUUACAUUGAUGAUGUAUGAUCACUACACACAGCUGUCACUCACCCUGUCACUGCUUACACACCACCCUUGCUGUCUGUCACACACACUCACACACACUUCACUGUAAAGCACCCAGACCUGCUGCUAUUGUCUGAUCAGUGCCCUUAGCUAGCCGUUAGCAGGAUAGGGCUAAAUAGAGGAGCUGAGUGUUGAAACAUUAGAAAUCUUUGAGCAUGUGUCUGUCCACCCUCACGAGAGGGCGAUUGAGGACAAGACACAGGGAUGGAGAGAGAUGAAAAGAGGAGGAGCCUGAUGUUUGAUGCGUUGGGGCAGGAGGACACGUGAUGUUUGGUUGUGUUUACUGACAAAAGCGAUCAGUGCUGUUUCCUGUCUCUGCCUCACCUCCGCUGGCUCACCCGCCCGCCCACAGCGCUUUCAUCUGGGAUUGUGGUGACGGGGUCCUUCAGAUAUGUACAGUAGUAUGAACCCAGAGGUGGUGGUGGGGUGGGUGGGGUCCUCCUCACCUGUAACCUGUGGGAGAGUCCCUGCUGUGGAGGAUGGAUGAGGGAGGGAGGGGAAUGAUUUUUUCUUGUUUUGUUUUUGUUGAACUUGUACAGGGGUUUCAUCGCUGUAUUAAAAUAUGUACGGUCUUAUUUACAUUCUCUCGGUUUGGUUACAGAAACUAAUAAAAAAUAAUAUACUGUUGACAUG